AUGUCCGUCGAUGGUCGCAUUCUCACGGACUUACGCCGAGUUCUCUCAGAGGCGAGACCCAUCCCUUUUUUCUUUCUUGUCUGCGGGCCAGCAGGCUCGGGCAAAACGGUUAAUCUCCACGCUGUUCGCGACGGCGCUGCCGCCUACGGAAUGAGCGUUCUGCACGGCGUACCCCCCGUGGAGGAUGAACUAAGUUCGGCAACGACCGAAUGGAGUGUUGCAAAAGCGCAGAUUUUUCAUGUGGACUACAACGCACUGCGGUGUGCGGACACCUGCGCAUCAUUGACGAGCGAGACGUACCCAGCAGGCACCAUUGUGCUACUGGAUGACAUCGAGGCGAUUGAUUAUCUUCUUCGUUUGCAGGAGUCCUCGCACCGUCUUGAGGCGAUGGUGCGUCGACUGCUCCGCUCGCCACGUUGCGUAUUGGUGACUUCUGCAACUGACACGCAUCAUGUACCUCAGUGGAUCCUGGAAAUUUGGACCCCUUUCACAUACAAACUACAGGAGCUCACGUCGAGUGCUGCCCGUCGCCUCAUCCGUGUCUUCCCAGCUGCCGAUAAUCUUUUGUCGUGUGUGACAGGGGAGAGCGGUGAUGCGUUGGUUUCCUGCUUGAGGACACAGAGGGAGCUUACGUUAGUGUUGUGCCAUGAACAAUUCACAAGUCAUGAAUCACGGACUACAACUUCUUCGGCGCUGCACUUUUUUGGUCGUGCCUCGACUGUGCCACCAUCGGCAUCUUCUGCUUAUGGAAAGCUCUAUGGGCUCGACGUUGUAGUAGAGCGGGUGGAAACGCUUGUGCAACUCUCCAUGGAGCGUGAAAAGCUUGUGGGUCCCAAGUUGCUCGCUGCCCUUGCACCCACUACUGGAAUUCUUCUUCACGGACCUUCGGGCAGCGGCAAAACAGCGUUGGCGAGCAGGUUUUUAGCGUCCUAUCCUGGUAGGUGUUUCAUUGUUAGCUGCGCCGCUCUGUUUUCCAAAUACCUCGGCGAAAGUGAAGAACGGCUGCGGGAGGCCUUUUUAAAAGCGCGGCAGUAUGCGCCGUCCGUGCUUGUGCUUGACGAUGUCGACGUCGUCGGGACGUCACGCGGCGCUUUUUCGGAUAGUGGCACUGGGGACGGCCUUAACGUGGCAAAACGAAUGCUGGCAGCGCUUCUCUGCGAGUUGGAUGGUCUGCUUGACAAUAACCGCGUCCUGGUGAUUGCCACCACUAAUGCUCCCGAGACGCUUGACAGUGCUCUCUUGCGGCAAGGCCGCUUUGAAACACUUAUUUACGUUCCACCGCUGAGCUUUGAGGCCGCAGAGGAAAUGGCACGGAGCUUCUUUGCAAGGUUUGACGGCGCCACAGUGGCAGCGGUGGAGGAGCUAAGUCGCCUAGUGGCGGGCCAUGCGGAGGGCUGCGCUGCAGCCUCGUUAAAAUCGUUUCUUCGAGAAGUGUUUGAGCAGCAGCAGCAGCAUCAGGAAGAUGAGGAGGACGAGGACGAGAAGAAGAGGGCUCUGAAGCUGCGUUCUAGCGAAGAGGUAAAUGUGCUUUUGCCGAGUAAGGCGAUGAUUUAUGCCACACUUGCGGGAACUACUGUACUGCAGCGUGUAACGUACGAGUUUAGUUCUUUUUAA